CUGACAAGAGAGAUCAGCCAAAGUCUACCAAAGAAAGUCCACCAGAGAAAGUCUAUCCCCGAAAAUUCACCGUAAAAGUCUACAAACGAAAGUCCACAAAUGAAUGCUCGCCAACGAAAGUCCAUCAACGAAAGUCCUCCAACAAAGUCCUCCGACAAAGAAAGUCCAAUGAAGAAAAUCCACAAACGAAG